AUGGAAGAGCUUUUCCACAGACUUAUUAAAUACUGGGAUGUUUUCUUCCGUCUAGAGAAACCUGAUGUAAAUGAAAAGUCGAGCAAGAAGCAAGUUGCCAUGCCACAGAUCAUCAUCACCCGAGCCUCAAGAGAGACUCUGAUCAGCUACUGUUCCAUCGGAAGCAAAGAGCAGAGAACCAUGGAGGAACAGGCUGACUGGGGCCCCUACCACCGACACAGGAGCCCCAGUACAGUAGACGCCUAUGGUCCACAGACCACAGAAUAA